UCGAUUUUUCACCAACACUGCCAAAGGCUGUAAACUGUUCUAUCUACUAUUAAAAGUAUAUAAUUUUCUUGUUCGAAUUUGUCAACAAGAAAAGAAAAUAAUGAAAUUCGUGUGUCAACAAACAUCAAUUACAAUAACUCAAUAAAUAGGAAUAAUAAUGUCUUCUUGUCACAUACUCGAAACAAUUCCAUGCUCUUCCUGGUGCUAAGUUUCUUCUAAUAAUAAGUGCGUGUAAAAUUAUGAUAGAAGAAAGAAGAAGAAUACAUGAUGGAAGUUAGGAAAUCAUGGCAGUUGGUGAAAAAAAUUCUAGUCAUUAUUUGUCUUCUAUUAUUUCUCGUGUGGAUAAUUAUCAAUGAGAAAUCGUGUCUGUUUAGUGGUCUUUCACGUAAAAUUACUCUACACCGAAUAAGACUGACAUCGAAUCAUUUUUUGAGAAGAGUUUCCGAAAGUAUUAAAGUUGAAGAAAUUCCUCUAGACGACUUUACGAAUAUUAAUUACAAAGUAACCAAGGUUCAAGUCGUUCCACUUUUGACCAGCAAUGAAAGUUUCAAAGAUAUUAUUGAUGUGUCUCCAAAGUACAAGAUCUUUCGACAACAAGGUUUAGUGCCGAAUAGACAACUUCCUACUGCUCUUAUAAUUGGCGUGAAAAAAGGAGGCACCAGGGCUCUCCUAGAGUUUUUGAGACUUCAUCCCGAUAUUCGAGCAGCUGGCUCGGAAGUUCAUUUUUUCGAUCAUUAUUACGCGAAGGGAUUCCAUUGGUACAGACGCAAAAUGCCACCAACUUUGGAGGGUCAAAUUACAAUGGAAAAAACGCCGUCAUACUUUGUGACGCCGGAAGCACCAAGACGUGUACAACACAUGAAUCCUGGCACAAAAUUAAUUGUCGUUGUUCGCGAUCCAGUGACACGUGCAAUAUCCGAUUAUACUCAAGUGAAGAGUAAACGAGCGAAAAUGUUGAGAUUUGAGGAUUUGGCAUUUUUGAAUGAAUCGCAAGUCGUUGACAUGACGUGGUCUCCUCUUAGAAUUGGUGUUUACGCGAGACAUUUGGAACGUUGGCUACAAUAUUUUCCAUUAUCGCAACUUCUCUUUGUCUCUGGCGAACGAUUAAUUGCCGAUCCCGUCACUGAAAUGACGCGUGUUCAAGAUUUUCUCGGCAUUAAACGAGUCAUUUGCGAAAAGCACUUUUACUUUAAUGCCACCAAGGGUUUUCCCUGUCUUCUUAAAUCCGAGGAGCGAGCGACUCCCCAUUGCCUUGGAAAAAAUAAAGGCAGAAGUCAUCCGCACAUAGAACCAGUCGCAAUUGAACGUUUACGCGAUUUUUAUAGACCAUUCAAUCAACGUUUUUAUCAACUCACUGGAAUGGAUUUUGGCUGGCUUUAAAGGUAUCCGCACAAUUCUAUGAGCAAUAAAGAUGAGACAUAUCGUAAGUAGAAUCUAAAGUAACUUGGUCAAUUUCAAAUAGAUUUACUAUGAAUAUUUGAUAUUCAAAAAGAGACUCUCUUUAAAAAAAAAAGUAUCCUUAAAGUUUCGAACGUUCGACAUGAACCUUAUUUUUUAUUUUACUAAAAAUUUAUUUACAUAUUAAAACACUAAUUGAUAAAUAAAAUUUUUAUUAUGAAUACCUGGUAAAUAGUAAAUUUAAAUUAAUUUUGAAAAAUUCAGAAACAAAUAAAAAAAAUCGUUCAUUUGAACGUUUGAAAUUUUAGCGGAAUAAAAAAAAUGUUUAUCAAUUUGGUGAGAUUAGGAAUAUAUCAUAACGAAACGAAUGUCAAUCUUCUAAGUCAAUUUUUUCGAAUAUUUAAUUAAAAAUUUCAAUUUAAUGAAAAAAAUUGAAAUUAACGAACGUUUUAUUUACGAAUUUACAAAUAAGUUGUAAAAAUUAAGUGAAAAUCUUAUUGAA